AUGCCUGCCGACUUCCUCAUGUGGAUUAAGAAUGCCCCUGAGAGAUCUCUAAGAGUAGAGAUUGUUGCAGAAGGGGUGCUCGUCGUGUUCCAGGUCGUUGUGGUCGACACUUUCGUCUUCUACGGAUAUGAAGACAGUCCAAGUGCAGGCGUCGUCUUCCAUUUUGUCCAGAAGACCCGACUGACUUGGCAUCCUGUCUACGGCGGUCGAUACAAACUGCGAACGAAGCAUUGCCAUAUGGUUCCUGUCAUCCGCCGUACUGACCGCCGCCGGGGUCGUUCAGGAGGUGGCGUGCUCGCACGUGACUGA